CACAAAUUCCUGGCCCCAAAAUUGACCGGGCUGUGACGAUUCGCCCAAGUGGUGUCCGCCCUUAAACCACGACAGCUCGGCGCCUGUCCUCCUAUUCCUCCGCGUAAAUCCUUCUUCCACCCCGUCCCUUAUCCUUCUUCCCCUCCCUCCACUGCGCCCUCCAUCCAUUCAUCUCUUCAGCUUUCCCCUCAUUUUUGAGUUUGCCCAGCGCCCGCCCGGGAACCUUCGAUGUCUGGUCGCAAGCGAACGGCAGAGCCCAGAUGCUCCCCAUCUCGGUGCUCAAGGACACGGCCAUAGGAAUUGAAGCCCAUUACUACCUCCAGAAGGCUCUCGCGUUGCAGCUUAAGGAGCCGCUCGUCUCGGCCCUGGGGGGAUUUCCUUUCGGUCUGAAGCAGAUGAUUCAGAACGACAUCCGCGAGUUGCGCGAGAACAGCAUCAAGCCCGUGUUCGUCUUCAGCGGACUCCAGAUGGUGCCGACGGAGAAGCCGUUCUCGGUUCCUGAUGACUCGGCGAAGCUUCGGACCCGUGCGUGGGAGCUCUAUGACAAAGGACAGGCGGUGGAGGCGGUGGAUAUGUUUGGUCAGGCAGGCGUCAUCACCGUUGUGGAGCUCUUCCGAAUCGUCAUGAGGAUUCUGAGGGAUGAGAAAGUUGAUUUUCAGGUUUCUCCCUAUGCCUCAUGGCCCCAGCUGGCGUACCUCGAGAAGACCGGCUACGUUGACUCGAUUUAUGGAGGGUCGGAUCUGUUCCUCUUCGAUGUCGAGAAAGUCAUCGUUAACUUUAACCUUGGCACCGGCCACUUCUAUUGGGUAAACAAGGCGAGGCUCCGGUCCGAUCUGUUGCUCACGAACGACCACUUCGUCGAUGCGAUCCUUCUGUCUGGCUGCUCGUUCUGUCGCCCGUUCCCCCCACUCGAGAACUCGCAGCAACAGUUCUCGGACGCUGUCGCUUUGAUCAAAAGGAACAGGUCCGUUGGAAACGCCAUCAACUCCCAUCCCGACCAAACCGAGUAUCUCGACAAGUUCAGGAAAGCGCGUGCGGCCAUCAAGCACCAUCCGGUCAUGACGGAAGAUGGCAAGGUCGAGCAGAUGAACUUCCACGAGUCGCCCGCCGAUGUGCAGGACUUCAUUGGUUUGCGCCUGCCGGAGGAGCUUUACUUCUAUCUGUCCCGCGGAAUGAUCGGCUCCCAGGUCAUGGAUAUGAUCACCACUGGAGAAUACAUCCAAUCGCCGCCACUGGACGGAAACGAGUCGGACGAGUACAAGAAGUUCCUCAACGAGCUGAACGUUAUGAGGACUGAGUCGCUUUCUCUCCUCUCCAAGUCGAUUCACAGACUCUGGUUCACAAGGACAUUGCCCACCCAUCGGAGGUUGCACAGAAGUGGAAUGUGCGGGAGGAUGUGUGGGGACCAGUGAUGGACAAGCAGAAGGUAGGGCCCAGGUGUCCAAGUUUUGCACGCAGGGCUAACCAAGAGACAGCAAUGGGGGGAGUUCGCCUUCUGCAUCACGUCACU